ACACACGUGUUUGGUCGCAGCAGACAGACAGCAGAGAGCAGACAGACAGACAGACAGCAGAGGUCUACCUACCGUCCACCUACCGAGCAGUCCGGCACCAUGGUGAAGACUAAGAAGGAGAAGGUGUCUGUGGACGCGGAGGAGGCCGCGGUGGCCGACGGGAGCGAGCGGUCCUACCAGGAGCUGCUGGCCAACGUCAACCAGAUCUCACAGCCGCUGGCCUCCAGGAGGCUCAGCAAGAAGCUCUACAAGUGCGUGAAGAAGGCUUCUAAAGUGAAGAACAUCCGGCGAGGAGUGAAAGAAGUCCAGAAGUUCAUCAACAAGGGAGAGAAAGGCAUCGUGGUGAUGGCCGGCGACACGCUGCCCAUCGACGUCUACUGUCACCUGCCCGUCAUGUGUGAGGACCGAAGCCUGCCCUACGCCUUCAUCCCCUCUAAAGGGGAUCUGGGUUCGUCCGCCGGCUCCAAGAGGCCGACCUGUGUGAUCCUGAUCAAACCUCAUGCGGACUAUCAGGACGCCUACGACGAGUGUGAGGCCGAGGUGUCCAGUCUGCCCAAACCGCUCUGAGGCCGGCCAAUCGGUGAGCAGCUCUGAGGUAAAAAGGAGACGAGCCGAUCGGGUUGAUGGAUGAACUCGUUCUGAUCAGAGGAUCGUUGUGACGCAAAGAGCCCGUCUGACAGGAAACUGUAAAUAUGUUCUGUUCAAGAUGUCAGAGUGUAAAAGAACCCAGUUUUUUUUUUUUUUUUUUUUUUUGCAGAAAAUGUUUAUUUUCUACGACUGUUUUUUUUCUUUUUCACUAAAUCCUGAAUGAACAAAGUUUUUUUUUUUGGUGUUUCUGCUGUUAAAUGUUUUGUUUUUUAAUUAAAAGGAAAAUAAACUGA